GCCGCCGCCGCCGCCGCCGCCGCCGCCGCCGCCGCCACCGCGAACAUGGAGCCCCGGGACGGCCCGGCCCGGGGACGCAGGGCCCCGCGGCUGCUGGUGCUCGCGCUCCUGCUGGGAGCGCACCCAGGUGCCCGGGCUGAGGAGCCUUUGCCUGGGUCCUCCCUGGUGGAGGUGAUGAAGGGGGAGCCCGUCGCCCUGAACUGCACCGCCUUAGCGGCCCACGACCAUUUUGUGCUGGAGUGGUUCCUGGUAGACCGCUCUGGGGUCCGCCACCGCCUGGCCUCAGCCCAGCAGCAGGGCUCCGAGCUCCAGGGCCGGGUGCACGACUCCCGGGGCCGCAGCCCCCCAUACCAGCUGGACUCCCAGGGCCACCUGGUGCUGACUGAGGCCCAGGUGGGAGAUGAGCAGAGCUACGUGUGCGUGGUGAGGGCGGGCGCAGUGAGCACCGAGGCCACCACAGAGCUCCGCAUGUUCGCGAAACCUGAGGCCACGGAGGUCUUCCCCAACAAAGGGAUCCUGUCUGUGGUGGACGACUUUGCCCAGGAGAUCGCCACCUGCAACAGCCGCAACGGGAACCCCGCCCCCCAGAUCACGUGGUAUCAGAACGGGCAGCCGCUCAGGGUGCCCAUGGAGGUGAACGCAGAGGGCUACAUGACCAGCCGUACGGUCCGGGAGGCUUCGGGCCUGCAGUCUCUCACCAGCACCCUCUACCUGCGGCUCCGGAAGGCCCAUCGGGACGCCAGCUUCCACUGCUCCGUGAGCUACAACCUGCCCAUGGGCCGACGCGGCCGCCUGGACAGCCCUGUCUUCCACCUGACCCUGCACUAUCCCACGGAGAACGUGGAUUUCUGGGUGGGCAGCCCGUCCACCACUGAGGGCUGGGUACGCGAGGGUGACUCUGUCCAGCUGUUUUGCCGGGGGGACGGCAACCCCAGCAUGGAAUACGUAUUUUUCCGCCUUCAGGACAAGCAGGAGAACGUGCUGAAAACAAAUCUUGAGGGGAACUUGACCCUGGAGGGGGUUCAGCGGGGCCAGAGCGGGACCUACGGCUGCAGGGUCGAGGACUACGACGCUGCCGAGGACGCGGUGCUCUCCAAAACCGCGGAGCUGCGCGUGGCCUACCUGGACCCCCUCGAGCUCAGCACCGGGGAGGAGCUCUCCUUACACUUGGGUAACAGCACAACCGUGAACUGCUCAGUGCAAGGUCUGCCCACCCCUGCCCUGCGCUGGACCAAGGACUUCGUCCCCCUGGGGAACGGCCCCACCCUCUCCCUGAGCUCCAUCACCUUCGACUCUGCGGGCACCUACGUCUGUGAGGCCUCCAUGCCCACGGUCCCCCUCCUCAGCCGUACCCAGAGCUUCAAGCUGCUGGUCCAAGGGCCACCUCAGUUAAGUGCAGAAGAGACUCAGCCCCAGACAGAGGGCGGCUGGAGGGAAGGAGAUGAAGUCAGGCUGGUGUGCUCUGCCCGCGGUUACCCGGAGCCCAAACUCAGCUGGAGCCAACUGGGUGGCAGCCCAGCAGAACCGGCCCUCACUGGGCAGGGCUGGGUGAGCAGCUCCCUGACCCUGAAGGUGACCAGCGCCCUGAGCAGAGAAGGCGUCUCCUGCGAGGCUUCCAACACCCACGGGAAGAAGCAGCAUGUCUUCCACUUUGGCUCUGCGGCCCCCCAGACUUCCCAGGCCGGCGUGGCGGUCAUGGCCGUGGCCGUCAGCGUGGGCCUCUUGCUUCUCGUCGUCGCUGCCUUCUACUGCAUGAGACGCAAGGGUCGCCCCGGCUGCUGCCGGCGAGGGGAAAAGGGGGCUCCGCCACCUGGAGACCCACAGCUGAGCCACUCAGGGUCAGAGCGGCCUGAGCAGACGGGCCUUCUCAUGGGAGGUGCCUCUGGGGGAGCCAGGCAUGGCAGCGGGGGCUUCGGAGAUGAGUGCUGAGCUCGGAGGACCUCAGAGAGGCUCCACUGGACCUGACCUCAGAGAGUCAGCAUCAGAUAACCAGCUCUGCCCAGCCUCCGCCUGCCCCCACCUUCCCUCUUCCCCCUCUGGCCCUCCCUUCCCUUCCUUCCUCUGCAGGCGGGGCAGGGACCUACAGCAGCCCCUGCUCGCCCGCCCGGAGGGAGGGCGGGGUAGGAGGGGACCUUCCUCCAGGGAAUGUGACUCUCCCAGGCCCCAGAAUAGCUCCUGGACCCAAGCCCAGGGCCUGGCCGGGACAAGACAAGGCUCCAAGGCUCUGAGGGUCGGCUGCCCGGGGCGAUUUUUACCUCCUGCCCACAUCGCUGGUCCCCCCCGCCCCACCUGAUGUCCUGCUGCAUAGUCUGACACUGGAUCCCCACCCCUGCCCCUCCACCCCCCACCCCAUCAUCUGUGGACACUGGAGUCUGGAAUAAAGGCUGUCUGUCACGUCA